AUGUCGUUCAAGUUCAACUUCGACCUCGAAGAGGAUGAUUUGGACACCCCCGAGACUUCCCAUAUCCCGCAAGCCGGGUUGGAGAACGCUAGUGCAGCCUCGGGCUCAGGCCCAAGCGCAGCUGCAGCUCCAGAUUCUUCAGUAUCGGCAGAGACAAGUGGAGCGGAGACCAAGUCCGUCUGGGACGAAAAGAGCUAUACCGUCUCCCUUGAUGAACUGCUCGACACCCUCCCCUCUCGGAUCCUCUACUCCCCUCUCCCCCUCUCAUUUCCCUUACCGCACCCACUACUCCGGCGAGACCUACACGACGCGCGAUUUCAGCUCGCUUCGACGUCUUUGCUGGGUGCGGAGCUCGCGUCUUCGUCUACAUCGGGUCACGGCGACGCCACGACCGGGAACGGGAGCUCUAGACAAGAGACCGGGAAAUCAGAAGGGGAGCAGAAGGAGAAAGAGAAGGAUGAGGGCGAGGCGUACGUCUCGGCGGGUACAGGUACAGACCUCAUACCGGGCCUGUAUGAGGGCGGGUUGAAGACGUGGGAGGGGGGCGUGGAUUUGGUGCAGGUUUUGGCGGGUAGGGAGGGGGAUUUGGGGGGUUGGGUGAGAGGGAGGGGGGUGUUGGAGGUCGGAUGCGGUACUGCCCUUCCCUCAGCAUACAUCCUUUCCCGCCUUCUCGCCUCUCCUUCUCCGUCCCCCCUCGCUUCCAUAACAGUGGCGAAACCCACCAAGCUCUUACUGCAAGACUACAAUCUCCCCGUCCUCACCCUCGUCUCCCUCCCGAACCUGCUGCUCGCUUCUCUCCCAUACCUCCCUCUGACCAUGCUCGAGCCCGAACCGUCCACCUCUUCUCGGUCUGAACCGAACCCGAUUCCGUCAAUCCCCGAAGGCGACGAGUACGAGGCCGCCGACAUCGACGCCAACGGCGAAACGGAAACAGGUACACGUCUCGCCGAAGUGGAUGCCCCAUCCGACUUCUCCACGCCGGGCGAGCUCGAAAUCACCCCAGACCUCAAGUCAGCCUUCAAGCGCCUUCUGGAGGAAAAGGGGGUGGAGCUGGAGUUCCGGUAUGGUGGAUGGAAAGGCUUGGGCGAGGCUGUGCGGAAGGAGAAGGAGGGGUAUGGGCUUGUACUGAGUGCGGAGACUAUUUAUGCGGAGGGGAGUGUGGGGGAUUUGAUUGGUGUCUUGAGGGGGGCGACGGUGCGGAAGGGCGCAGAGGAUGAGAAGGACGGGAAAAGCGGAGAAGAGGGAGAAGGGGGAGAUGUGGCGGGGAAGCCGGAAGAGGGGCUCGAUAUGGGGAAGCUGUCGGUCAAGGAUGAUCUGGAUUGGGAUAGGGUUGAUCUGCAAAAUGGAGGGAGUUUGGUCUUGAUAGCUGCCAAGAUCUUGUACUUUGGGGUCGGGGGUGGUUUGCAGGACUUUUUAGGCUUGGUGGAGAGGGAAAAGGGCUGGUGGGCUGGUGUGAAGGAUUGGACUGCGGGUGUGGGGCGGAGGGUGGUACGAGUAGGAUGGUGA